AUGACGGACUAUCGGGGCCUGGUGAACCCUGAAGUGUGCUUCGAACGUGUGAAGAUUGGUGAGAAAUAUCUUGAGAAGAAUGAGCCUGAGCUUUCAGAUCCUGAGCAGUAUCAUGAUGGUCAGGAGGUGACAAAGAGUCUGCGGUUUGAACAUUUGAAUUCCGAGUGUCGCUUACAUUUGAAGAGACGACAGGAUGUAUUCCCGAAGCAACCACGCUGUCUGGACCAGGAACGGUACCAACCGGCGUACCAAUGGGUUCCGGGGCUCCAUCGUGGUUUGACCUAUCCUGUGGCAAAGAAGGCCCUGGACUGCCUGGAUCACCGUCACCAACAGCACCAUGCGACAAAGAGUUUUGACGUUGAAUACUUUGAGCCUGAGGAAGAUCAAUGCUUAAAGGGACAACAGGUUCAGCGACUUUGGAAACAGUGUCCCUUGAAUCCACAGCCAAACUUCCACCAGCGCUUGGCACCCCUAUCGCUCCAUUGGCUCCACCGCCACCUGGAGCAGAAUGCUGACCGGGUAUGUGUGGAUUGGAGUCUUGAUUGGGAGAUGAGUCUUGACUACUCUGUUGAAUAUGUCCAGAAGCGGCCGCCUGUGGACUCCGUUCCUGACCACCGGUAA